AUGGAACCGUGGACAUGGUGCUGGUGGUGGUUAUCGUGGUGGUGCCCCAGUCAACCAAAUCCAAACCUUAAUUUAGCUGCUGUUGGGCUUACCCCUAGUGGUAUUGGUGAGGCUGAAGGACCUGAUCGUAUAUUUGUUGGGGGUUUACCGUACUACUUUACUGAGGUACAGAUAAGAGAGCUGCUAGAAUCCUUUGGAACGUUGCGUGGGUUUGAUCUUGUGAAGGAUAGAGAUACUGGAAACUCUAAAGGAUAUGGUUUAUGUGUCUAUGAGGAUCAAGCAGCCACAGACGUUGCCUGUGCUGCACUUAAUGGCUUAAAAAUGGCGGAUAAAACACUCACAGUCAGACAUGCAACCAUAAGCGGGCAGAUGAAAUCUGAACAGGAGACCAUUAUGGUCCAGGCUUAG